AUGAGUGACAUCUUGACCGUAAAUCAACAACGCGAAGCAAUUGCCAAGGCUGCUGCGUAUCUUUCUGCUAUCUUGGAACCACACUUUAAAAAUACAGCAAAUUUCAAGCCCCCAAGAACUUUAAUCAUAUGUGGUUCAGGACUAGGAGGGAUAUCCACCAAGUUAUCAAUAGAUAGUCCACCUCCAGUCACGGUCCCAUACCAAGAUAUUCCAGGAUUUAAGAGAAGUACAGUUCCAGGCCAUUCCGGCACGCUUAUGUUCGGAUCUAUGAAUGGUUCACCCGUAGUUUUAAUGAAUGGGCGUCUUCAUGGAUAUGAAGGGAACACAUUAUUUGAAAGUACUUUCCCUAUUAGAGUGCUUAAUCACAUGGGCCACGUCCAUAAUUUAAUUGUCACCAAUGCCGCCGGUGGUAUAAAUGCGAAAUACCAAGCCUGUGACCUAAUGUGCAUUUAUGACCAUUUGAACAUCCCUGGUCUUGCUGGCCAGCACCCUUUGAGAGGCCCCAACUUGGAUGAAGUUGGACCUCGUUUCUUAGCCUUGAGUGAUGCAUAUGACCUGGAGUUGAGAAAGCUUUUAUUCAAGAAGUGGAAAGAACUAAAGAUUCAAAGGCCCUUACAUGAGGGUACUUAUACGUUUGUAUCUGGCCCUACCUUUGAAACGAGAGCAGAAUCCAGAAUGAUAAGAAUGCUUGGAGGAGAUGCUGUCGGAAUGAGUACUGUCCCCGAGGUCAUUGUUGCAAGACACUGCGGAUGGAGGGUCUUGGCCUUGAGUUUAAUAACUAAUAAUUGUGUCGUUGAUAGCCCUGCCAGUGCACUGGAUGAAUCGCCUGUACCACUAGAGAAGGGUAAAGCGACUCACGCUGAAGUAUUGGAGAAUGGUAAAAUCGCCUCCAAUGACGUACAGGAAUUGAUUGCCGCAGUAAUGGAGGAAUUAUAA